CCUUUCAAGGGUUCACGGAGCAACUUUCGUCCUCGCUCACUAGCUCGUUUUCGUAUUUGCAGCAAAACUCAAUCCGAUCGCGCGAACAGGCUCCCGUUUCUCUUUUGUUUUCCUACCAAUCUCAUGACAUCAAGAUUAUCAUUAGGUGAAUAUAUAAGACGGAGCUGAAAAAAACAGGGUCGGUCAGUCAGGCAGGCGGCUCGGCGAGUUGGGAACUUACUAUAUUGUUGUGUUCAUUACUUUGUUUGGUGUGUGACAUUUGGUUCUCCGUACAGCAGCAAUAACAACAGUAGAAGUUACUCUGUGUAAACUUCUUUUGACAACAAGUGCAGGAACGUACUUAUGGGCUCACCCGAGAUUCGAGGCGGCGGGAAAGACUCGACGACAAUGCAGCCCGAAAACAUCUCGGCGGCGACGACGACGACGACUGAUCCCAAGGACGAAACGCUUCCCAACGGCAAAUCUUCAGCUGCUGCUGCCCACCGGUCAUCGUCACCAUCAACCUCUUCCUUGUCGUCGUCACUCAAAGGCGACGAAAAGGGUGUCCAGACUCUGUACGAAAAGGAUGGGAAUCUGGCCACGACAGACUCUUCCGAGAAGGACGAAGAAGGCCAACCCGUGCCAGUGUCUGGUGGCGGCGACGCCGAGGAUGGAGAAAACUACCCGCACGGACUCAAGCUCAUCACCCUCAUCAUCGCCCUGUGUUUGGCCGUCUUCCUCGUCGCCCUGGACCAGACCAUCAUCGCCACGGCCAUUCCCAAAAUCACCGACCGUUUCCACAGCGUCGACGACAUAGGCUGGUACGGCAGUGCUUAUUUCCUGACAAGCACCGCCCUGCAACCCAGUUUCGGUCGAAUAUACAAGGUCUUUCAGAUCAAAUGGGUUUUCCUUUCCGCCAUUGGUGUCUUCGAGGUGGGAUCGUUGAUAUGUGCCGUGGCCCCUUCGAGUACCGCCCUGAUCGUCGGGAGGGCCGUCGCUGGCAUCGGGGUCGGUGGUAUCUUUUCCGGUUCCUUGGUCAUUAUCGCUCACUCAGUCCCUCUGAUACGUAGACCUUUGGUGUUUGGCACAUUCGGUGCGAUGUGGGGGCUCGCCAGUGUCGCUGGACCUUUGUUGGGAGGCGUCUUUACGGACAAGGUCUCAUGGAGAUGGUGCUUCUACAUCAACCUCCCGAUCGGUGCCUUUUCAGUCGUGGUCGUCCUCUUCGUCCUCCAUGUCCCUCAAGAUCCAAGACUCUCCGAGAAGCCCAUCCUGAAACGAAUCCUCGAGUUGGACCUCAUGGGAGCCGCGAUCCUCAUCCCCGCCAUCAUCUGUCUGCUCCUGGCGGUCCAAUGGGGCGGCUCGACGUACGCGUGGAACAAUUCUCGCAUCAUCGGCCUUUUCGUCGGUGCGGGACUCUUGUUGAUUCUGUUUUCCAUCUCGCAGUGGUACCUGGGCGAGGCGGCCACCAUCCCUCCGCGCCUGUUGAAACAGCGUACCUUGAUGGCCGCGUGUGGGUUCGUCUUCUUUUUCGGCGCCGGCAUCUUCGUCCUGAUGUACUACCUGCCUCUCUACCUCCAGAGCGUCAAGGGGUCAUCACCUACCAAGUCCGGCAUCCAAAUCCUACCUCUGAUGUUGUCGACCGUCCUCACGUCGAUCCUGGGCGGCAUCAUGGUGACGAUCUUGGGGUAUUACACACCGAUCCUGAUCGCCGCCAGUGCCCUCAUGACCGUGGGGUACGGAUUGAUCUCCACUUGGACCGUCGACUCUCCCUUCCGAGAGUGGUUCGGCUACCAGAUCUGUGCCGGUCUCGGUGCUGGAUUCGGCUUCAACUUGCCUCUUGUCGCCGUCCAGACGGCCCUGCCGAUGAAGGACAUCCCUCAGGGUACGGUUCUACUAAUGUUCUGUCAGUCGCUGGGUGGCGCGUUGUUCAUCGCCGUCGGACAGUCGGUCUUUUCCAACGGUCUCGUCGAGGGCGUGGCGAAGUACGCUCCGGAUCUCGACCCACAGCUGCUCAUCAAUACCGGAGCCACCGCGAUCCGGGGCGUGCUGGCCAAGAACGGGAUGGAGGGCCAACUUCACCAGGCCAUCGAGGCUUACGUGUACGCGUUGAAGGAUUGUUACCGGGUGUCCAUCGCCGUGGCGGGCAUGUCCUUUUUCGCCGCCUGUUUCUUGGAGUGGAAGAAUGUGAAGAAGGCGAAACAGCCUGGUGUCGAGGCCAUGCCGGCAAUGGGAUGACAGGCCUACCUGCAACGGGCUCAAAAUCGGGGGUUUUUUUUUGGAUGACUGAACUCCCAACUCUUCGCGUAUUUGAUGUCUAG